AGGGGAGAGCAUUCGGAAAAAAAAGUAUGGCGACUCUCAGCCUGAGACGAAAACUUUGCCGUGAAAUACUGAAUCGCACUAGCAUUUCACGCGGAGUUAGGCAUACAAGGAGACUGAGUACAAAGCCUCCUGUAAAAAAUGUGGAUCAGGCCAUUAGGACACACAAGGGAGAUAAUGUUCAUGCCUUGGAGUCUGAGAGUGGCUUGAGUUCUUUCAAAUGGAUGUCACAGUUUGGCCCAGAGUUCCUGAUUAGAGGGGAACAAGUUCAAGUGAUCACUGAGCCUGACCAGUUCUACCAAGUGCUUAAGCUCAAGACCAGAAAAGCCAAAAGAAGGGUCACCCUUGCAUCUUUGUAUCUUGGUAACGGCAAUCUUGAGAGUGACUUGGUUGCUUGUGUGCGUGAAGCUUGUGAGGAAGCAGUUACGUCAGGGAACUCUGAUUUUGAGGUGAAUGUCUUGUUAGACUACACAAGGGGCUCCCGAGGAAAGUUCAAUUCUCGAAGCAUGCUGCGCCCCCUGAUGGCAGAUUACAAAUCUGUGCAAGUCGCUUUGUUCCACACACCAGACUUAAGGGGAAUUCUCAAGAGACUUGUUCCUGAUCGCUUCAAUGAGACAAUUGGCCUGACCCAUGUGAAGCUGUACUUGUUUGAUGACAGUUUUAUCAUUAGUGGAGCCAAUCUCAGCAAUGACUAUUUUAUGAACCGCCAAGAUCGGUACAUCCUGUUCAACGACUGCCCUGAACUUGCCAACUUCUUCAAUGAUCUGGUUAAGGCCAUCAUGUCGUUUUCAUUGAGUUUAUCUGCAGACGACUCCCUGAGUUUGGCACCUGACUGGGACAUACAUCCCUACCAAGACUCAGACAAUGGGUUGAGGUUCAAACUUGCAGCCAGGAAGAAAAUUCAAAGUUGUCUAAGACUUGGGGAGUCUGUGACUGAUAUCCGAAAGAGAGACAGACAGAAGGUGAGGGAAGAGAAUGUGGCGGAUGGACAGAGUAGUGGGACUUUGCCGCCAGAUACAGCAGUGUAUCCACUGGUACAGAUGGGUCCUUUGGGCGUAUCGUAUGAUGAGCAGGCAAUGCUCGGCCUUCUGCGCUCCUCUCAGCCUCAGGACAACAUCUUGCUAGCCUCAGGAUACUUCAACCUCACUGACCACUACAUGGCAGUCAUUCUUGACCAGUCCCAAGCAAAGUUCAGUAUUCUCAUGGCCUCUCCUCAGGCCAAUGGUUUCCUGGGUGCUAAAGGCAUCGCCGGUGCCAUCCCAUACUCGUACAUCUACCUGGCUCACCAGUUCUUGCGGAAGGUUCAGUCGCGCCAGCAGCUGCCUCGUAUUCACAUGAUGGAGUAUUCUCGCGACAGCUGGACCUUCCAUGGAAAGGGUCUCUGGUACUAUCUGCCUGGCCAUGCCUUGCCCUCACUUACGUUAGUUGGGUCUCCCAACUUUGGUUAUAGAUCUGUAUAUCGGGACCUGGAGUGCCAGGUUGCCAUAGUGACGGAGAACAAAGGCCUACAGGAACAAUUACGAGAGGAGCAUGUGAAUAUGUACUCAUCAUCUAGCCCUGUGACAGAGGCGACGUUUCACCGGCGAGACCGACAUGUGCCGCUGUGGACACGCCUUGUGACCAGUGUGAUUAAACAUUUCUUCUGAGUAUGUACCGGACUGUGAUACAGAUGCUCCAAGUUUCAUAUUGUGUAAUUGAUCACCCUGACAAGUUAGAAGGAUAGUGUGGCAUUGGGACGUGUGUGCUUUGCAAUAUUAGUCGUCCUGACCCAGAACCAUUCCACAAGUCAUGUUCCAGUGUUUUGAAAGGUAAAUAAAGGAUCCCGUGGAGUUGUGAUGUUUGGACUUGCCCUGAAAAUUAAUCGAAAAGAUGUAAGGGACCUGAACUGACCUUGUGCCAGUAUGUUUGCUGUUAGCAAUAUUUAUCAUGUGUGUUUAGUGUGAAAGACUUGGUGCAAUAUGAGAGGAAGCAAAAAUGCGAGGGUUCUUUUCAUGGGAGAUUGACUCUCUGAUGACUGCUCCACAUCACAAAAUAGCAUUAGCCUUGACACAGGUUCAUUCCCAUGGUUUUUUUUGCACUUGCUCAAGACCAGAUUGAAUCAGGAAUGUUUUUUUCUUAUUAAUCUUUUCAUUAAAAUUUCUUUUUUUUGUGUGUGUACUUUGUGAUUUUCUUGCAUAAUAAUGUUUGCUUGAAGUGCCAUAUAGACUUAUCUCAGGUGUCAAUUUAUUCACAAAUGUUGACAUAUCAGAGUAAAAUUGUCCUGUUCGUAUAAGUGCAAGAAAAGUGUAUUGUCUAUUAUUGUCUUCUGUAAUGUGUGUGCAACACUACAUGCUUACACACACACACACACUGUAAAAAAUAUCUCAAAAUAAAAAAA